AUGGCUCAUGCAGUGAAGGUCACCGGCGGGCUGUGCUGCGGCUUUGACGGAACUCUUGUAUGGGGUCGCCACAACCACCCGGGCUCCUGGAACGACGGUGAAAUGAGCCGUCGCUUACAACAUCGAGUCGCGGACGCUAAGAGGACCAUGACGAACGCGUGCUGCGCGACAGACUCUGCAUUCCCGGUUAGAAAUGGCAUGGCGGGAAGGAUCAUUACUCCUCUUAAAGAAGGUGACCUGGAGAAGGCUAGUGCUGCCUGCUGA